UAAAUGAAAACACAGAAUAAAACCAUGUGCUUUAAGAAUCUUUCACACUCUCUCUCUAUCUUUAUAUAACCACAUGCCUUCUCUUCAACAUCAUCAUCAUUACAGUGUUUCCUUAUCCCUACCCUUUGAAGCAAAAAUAAAACUCCUUCUGUUCUAUUCAUCACCAUUGCUCUAAGACAGCAUCAAAACCAUAUCUUUAAUAGAGCCAAAGAUGCUGCAGAUUGUUGGCAAGUAUAGGUGGAGACAAUCAUGUCGUUAUAAGAAGCUAACGAAUCAACAUGAAAACUUGACUGCAUUGCCACCACCACCAACAAGGUCGACUAAAAGGCAGAACUCGGGGAAGAAGAGCGAGAUUCGAGCAAAAGGGUUUAGACUAAACCGAUCAAGAAAGCUGGUUCUUAAGGCAUUAGCUUUUCCUAGAAGGUUAUUUAACAUUUAUGUGCGUAUCACAAAUAAGAUGAACAGAGAAGGUUUAUAUCCUAAUCUUGUAUUUUCUUCUCAUUUGGGUUUCCCUAUGAACUCAAGAGGUGGGUUCUGUUAGAGAGAAGAGGUCUGCUUCUGAUUAAUCAUACAAGAAUGAUACAUAAAAAUGUGAAGCCAAUGAUUACAUUACAUACAUACAAUGUUCUUGUAACUUGCCAUGUUUAUUGAUUUGGAGAAUAAUUGAAACAGAGUUCAGAGUUUGUUCUUUCUUAA